UCGCUUUCGGCUGCUGCUUUAUAAAACCUCCGAGCGAGAUGAGCGCAGGAGGGGAGAGAGAUCGCUGCAGACGGCAAAGAGACCGGGCGGCCGAUCCACUGAUUUCCUUUGCAAAGACGCUGCAUCUUCUCCACAAUGCUGAUGGAGGCUCCCGUGUGCCUGAUUGAGACCGGGCCAAAUGGCCUCCGGGCUUGCCCGGAGGCCCUUCAGUUGCUCUCUGAAAUCCGGAAGCCGGUGGUGGUGGUGUCCAUCGUGGGACUGUAUCGCACGGGCAAGUCCUACCUGAUGAACAGGCUGGCUGGCAAAACUACCGGUUUCUGUUUGGGCUCCACAGUGCAAGCAAAAACGAAAGGAAUCUGGAUGUGGUGCAUUCCCUAUCCGGACAGGCCUAACCAAACCCUUGUCCUUCUGGAUACUGAAGGAUUAGGUGACAUAGGAAAGGGCAAUUUUCAAAAUGAUGCCUGGAUCUUCGCUUUGGCUGUGUUGCUGAGCAGCACCCUGGUCUACAACAGUGUGGGGACCAUUGAUCAGACUGCCCUGGACAAGCUUCAUUUUGUGACAGAGGUGUCUGAACAUAUCAAGGCAAAGGCUUCCUCCAGCCCUGGAGAUACAGAUGACUCUUCUGAAUUUGUUGGCUUCUUCCCAACCUUUGUCUGGGCGGUGCGAGAUUUCACACUGCAGCUGGAAGAGGAUGGGCAACCCAUCACGGAGAAUGAUUAUCUUGAACAUGCUCUGGAAUUAAAAAAAGGGAACACCGAAAAGGAUCAGAUGUUCAAUCUGCCACGCAAAUGCAUCCGGCUGUUCUUCCCCACCCGGAAGUGUUUUAUCUUUGAUUGCCCUACUAAAAGGAAGAAGUUACCUUACCUGGAAGAGAUGGAGGACAGAGAUCUGGAGCCUGAAUUUGUGGAACAAGUGAAGAUGUUCUGUAGUUUCAUCCAUUGGGCUUCUCGAGAGAAGACUCUUCCAGGCGGGCACAUUGUCACUGGCAACUUGUUGGCAAAGUUAGUCAAGUCCUAUGUGGAUACUAUCUCCAGUGGGAACGUUCCCUGCCUGGAGAACGCAGUCUUGGCCUUGGCGGAGAUUGAGAACAGGGCAGCCUUGCAGGAAGCAGUUGCUCACUAUGCACAACUGAUGGAGCAAAGCUUGCAGCUACCCACUGAGACUCUCCAGGAACUUCUGGACGUACACAAAAAAUGUGAGGAACAAGCCCUUGAGAAGUUCAUGGCUCGUUCCUUUAAGGAUGAUACACGUCAGUUCCAGGCUGAAUUCAUGAAAACUAUGGAGAACAAACAGGAAGAGUACUGCAGCAAAAAUGAGCUGAAAUCUUCUGAAAUCUGUUCAGCUUUAUUGAGCUCACUCUCUGAGAACCUGGAGCAGAACAUCAAGAACGGAAGCUACUCCCGACCUGGUGGCCACCAGGAAUUUCUAAAUGACCUCCAAAAAGUGGAGAAACAAUUCUUGGAGACACCUAAGAAAGGAAUAAUGGCAGGGAAGAUCCUGAAAGAAUUCCUCCAGAGCAAGGAAAACAUCAGCAAAACCAUCCUUCAAAGUGAUGUGAGCCUUCAAGAGAAGGACAAGGAAAAAGCAGAUGAAAAAAUGAAGGCCAAAGCCAAAGACAUAGAGCAAGAGCUCCAGAAGCAGGGAACGGAAAUGUCCCAACAGAAGUUGGAGGACCAGAAGCAGAGGCUUGAGAUGAACUUUCAGAAGCUAAAGGAGAAGAUGGAGAAAGAAAGGGAACAGAUGAAGGCAGAGAUUGAGAAGAUGAGCAAAAGCAAAUUCAAGGAACAGAAGGCUUUAGUUGCAAUGGGUUUCUGGAAGGAAGCGAGCCAACUGAAGGAGGAGAUCCAGAAGCUCACAAAGAAAAAGGAAGCCAUGGAAAACCCAAGUUGGAUCAUCUCAAUUUUUGCAACUCUGGAAAAAGCAGUCAUCUGCGUAAUGCCCCAAAUUAUAAGCACCCUUAUAGUGGUACUUUUAAAAUCGUUUAAGCUUUUCUAAUCCAGAACUUCUGCAUGGAUUUUUUAAAAAAGAUGUCCCCACUUUAAGAGUUGUAUAACCUUACAGGAGUCAGGGUUUUUUUUUUUUUUAAAAAAAGAAGUAAGAAACUCAAAGUGGUCUAGAAGAGAAAAACAAGAUAAUUAGGACAAUAAUUAGUACCUGGACCUCGUUUGCUUUCAAUCUUUCCCUGGAGGAUUAAGUGAAGGAUGCCGUAUUUUUCUGGGUGUCGCAUCACAUGUCCAAAAUAUUUUAACUUUUGUUUUUUUUAUGGCUUUGAUUAUUUCCCUUUGCUUUCCUAGACGGCUUAUCACCUCCUCAUUUGUGAUUUUGUUAACCCAGUUUAUAUGUAACAGUUGUCUGUAAAUCCACAUCUCAAAUGCUUCUAGUUUCUUCAAGUGGUUUUCUGUCAGAGACCAACUCUGUACUCCGUAGAGCAGGAUAGAAAAGAUGUAACAUCUGACAAGCCUGAUUUUCAGUCUUAGGCUUAUGUUGUGACUGCAGAAGAUCUUUUUUAUUUUGAAGAAUGCUGUACGAGCUUUCUCUAUCCUUGUAUUUACUUCCCUGAUCAUGUCCCAGCUUUCAUGUCAAUUAAAACCAAAGUACAUGAUCCUUUCAA